GAGAGGCUCCAAAAAAUAUUACUCAUGAGAAACUUAUUUGUUUGUUAUUAGUGAGAAGGACAUAGCCACAUGUUUUAUUCGGCGAUAUGUGUGACGUUAGCUGUUUUUAUAUCUUUGUAGAGGGAGUGAUUAUUGUCUGUGUAAGAAAUGCACGGAAACCUCCAUAGAUAGACGCUCCCUCAUAUCCACCACUGCAUUUUAUCACGUGUCUAGACGGAGCGCAUACCAAAGCCAUAGCGGCCAGACCAGGAAGUAAAAUACCUGAGUCGCCAUGUUGGAGAGAGAAGCAUUCUCUGAACAAAUCUAUUAAGGUGUCUGACCAUGUACCCCCGUACUUGGGCCCAGGAUGUGUUACGUUGUCAUCUCUGUGAGACCGCGGGCCCCCCAUAUGUACUGUGACAUUUGUCAUAUACAUCUGUGUAAAGCCUGUGUGGGGGAACAUCUCUCUGAUGAAUCCAAAGAACACAAAGUGGUAACAUUCAAAAAGCGGGGAUUCGCACCUGAAUGUUCAAAACAUUCCAGAAAAUUAUGUGAACUUUAUUGCGAACAAUGUAACAUUCCUAUUUGUUUGCAGUGUAUCUCCUCUGGUGAACAUUCAGGACACAAAGCAAUUGAAAUUUUUAAAAGUCUUGAAACCAAGAAAGAAGUAUUACAGAGAGAUUUACAAGAAUUAGAGAAAUUGAUUUAUCCUAAAUACCACGAGAUUGUAUCUAAUAUCCCAGUUCAGAAAGCUGAUCUGCAAAAAAACUCCAAGAAAUUAACAACAGCUUUACACAAACAUGGAGAAGACUUGCACAGAGAAAUAGACAUUGCCAUCCAAAAACUGAAAUCUGACGUGGAUGAAAUGGAAUCCAAACACCUGGUUGUCCUUGAUAAGCAGGAAAAUGAAAUCAAACACAGUAUUUCUGAAAUUACAAAGUGCAUCGCUGAUCUGAAGAAAUUACUGAACUCCAAUGAUGUCAGCCUUGUCUCUGCCUACAACUCAAGGAAUACUGAAUUCAGAAGAUUGCCUCCUAAACUCACAGUUUCCUUACCAAGAUUCACCCCUCAGAAGAUUAACAAAGAACAGAUUUAUCAGCAGAUUGGUUCUCUGUCAGCGUUAUCCAUCAAAACAGAAGAACAUGGCUACACAAUGGAUUCUCCUGGUGCUGAGUCCUCUCCCAUUGACAGACCGUUCAUUGAUGUACCACGGAUCAUCACAGAUAUACACACAGAGUAUGGACAAUCUAAUAAAUUACUCAGUGUGUCCUGUCUGAGUGAUGAUGAACUGUGGACGAGUGGCAUGGACAACAUGAUGAAACUCUACAACCUCCACAGUAAACUAGUGAAGUCAAUCCAAACCAAGUCAGGGAAGAUACCAUCUGACACAGCAGUGACACAGAGUGGUGAGCUAGUUUAUACUGAUGUCAGUGAUAGAACUGUGAACAUAGUGAAGAAUACACAGAUACAGACAGUGAUCAGACUACAGGGGUGGAGACCUCUCUAUGUCUGUAGUACCUCCUCUUGUGGCCUCCUGGUUGUCAUGAUCACUGAUGAUAAGAAACAAUCGAAAGUUGUGCGUUAUUCUGGCUCCACAGAGAAACAAACGAUUCAAUACAAUGAUAUUGGUCAACCUCUCUAUUCAUCUGAUACUUACCCUAAAUACAUCAGUGAGAACAAGAACCUAGAUAUCUGUGUAGCUGACUAUAGUGCCAGUGCAGUAGUGGUAGUCAAUCAGGCCGGGAAACUCCGGUUUACCUACACUGGUACUCCCUCUACUACCAAGGAAUCAUUUUAUCCAGCCGGCAUCACUACAGACAGCCAGGGUCGGAUCCUGACAACAGACCAUAACAACCACCGUAUCCACAUCCUGGAUCAGGACGGACAGUUCCUCCGCUACAUAGACAACUGUCAUUUACAGAUUUCAUCAGGUUUAUGUGUCGACACCAGAAACAACGUCUUUGUGGCUGAAUGGAAAACUGGUAAAGUGAAGAAAAUCCAAUAUUACAUGUAAACAAACUGUGAUCACAAUGUCACAUGUCAACAAAGUGAACAUCAAAUAACAAUGUAGAUAAUUAUUAACUGAUUAGAUUUGUAAAAUGUUUUAAAUAUCAAUAAACUGUUUAUAUAUAUCAGAAGUAACAAAAGUGUGUUUGUUGUAUGUUUCAUCAAACUAUGAAGAAUGUAAACAUUGAGAGACUGUAUAUCAGUUAUGUAUAUAUGCAUAUGAUUACUGUAUGUUUCUAUAUUUUACAUACUUUACAUGUAUUAAAAAGAAAUGAAAUAAAAUAUAAUUAUUCAA